GGACGAUUCAUCGAAAUCAAUGAUGAGCAAGGCAUCUAACGAAGACUAAAUAGUUUGAUCACAGGGUGACCGGAGUCCUCAAUAAUAAUGAAUCGCUUGCAACUCCGACGUUGUUCUUCUCUCCAUUGCGAAUACGUUCUCAAGCCUUCAGAACAAAGUCUGAUUCCAUCAAGGUCAUGAUGCGUGGAACUCGGGAGAAUUACCGACUGAGUCAGCUUGUGGCAUCAGUAGUUGUUUUCGGGCGCCAGGCCCAAAGUUCACAAGGCUUAGGCUAAUUUAGAAAAUCGACAGUCUCUUCAUCGUCCUCCCAUACACUUUCUCUACCUGUGGUAACAUCUCAAUGUCUGGACAACUCAUUCUCGUUACCGGUGCUACCGGUUUUAUCGGAUGCCAUAUCGUCGAACAGCUCUUGGAAAGCGGUUAUCGCGUUAGAGCCGUUGCCCGUUCUGCAAAAAUUGAAAAACUCAAAUCUACCUACGCUGACUUUGGCGAUCGUUUCGAUGCUGUUGGCAUUACAGACAUCGCUGAGGAUGCUCUUACCGGAGCUUUUGAUGGUGUAGAUGCUGUUAUACACGGAGCCUCCGCGAUGCCGACCCGAACCAGCAAUGUUGAGGAUAUGAUCACGGUAGCUACCAAUGGCACUCUUAACGUAUUGCGCCGAGCGGAAGCUGCUGGGAUACACCGCUUCCUUGUCCUGAGCUCAAUCACUACAAUGGUGACUCCAGCAAUGACCUUUUCGCACAAAGAUUGGUUUCAAGUGCCCGAAGGCGACAACAGCAAACGACCGGCGAUGGCCGUCUAUGGUAACGCAAAGACCCUCGCAGAGCUUGCGAUGUGGAAAUGGGCAGAUGAACAUCCCCACGUUCAGAUAUCUUCAAUCCAUCCACCGUAUGUCUACGGGCCUAUAUCACGGUACUGGCAAGUUCCAGAGGCCCCUGAUUAUUGGGCUUUGACUAGCGCCCUUGCGAUUGCGACCUUGCUGAAACCUGAUGGAAUGUACCCUCCUUAUCCUGCACAUGUCGACGUCCGUGAUGUCGCCAAGGCUUGUGUUCGUGGACUUAAACUCUGGAAACCGGCUCCAGCAGGCGAGCGCAACCGCGCUGCCUUUUUAUCUCCUCAAUACUUUGACUACGCUCGGGCUAAAGCGGUGAUCUUGGAGCGCUACCCCGACUUGAAAAGCCGCAUCAUCACAGCUGAUCCUCUUCCUUUCUACGGGCCGUCGGCUUUGGAGCAUGAAUGGGUGGACCGUCUCUUUGGGAUGAAAAAGGAAGACUUCCAUACAUUCGACGAGACUAUCUUAGAUACGGUCGCCUGCAUUUUGGAAUUAGAAGAAGGAUGGAAGGCCAAGGGAUAUAAUCCUCAAGUCCCAACGCCUGAUGUAAAUGACCAACAGCAGUAAGUUGUAGAUUCUGUAAUUGCGCAAUUGUAUGAGUCUGGAAGCACUUUCGCCAAGUUCUUUCGUGUAUUGUGACGGAAUAACACCCAAGUGAACAUGACAACUUGCCCAUGGCUUGAUUAUCUUGUAUUAGUUUUCACUCAAAUCCGACUGUAUAAUCGCCGUUCAAAGGACCUGGAUCUCCCAUGGGUUCGGUGCAUCUUCGCCACUCGGGACUUCUUCGAUUUCACACAGAGCUAUUCUCCGCAGGAUGAGACUUGCACAUCGGUUAUCUGGAU